AUGAAUAUCAGCAAAGUUCACGUAUCACGUUUACAACAUUUUAAAAGAAAAAAAAAUGCAAAACAAAAAUCACAAAUUACUGAUGCAUCAUUUUUCGUGUCGGUCAUCAAACAAGAAUUUUUCAGUGUUGCUUCGCCUCUGAGUGAUCCUACCAAUACUACUACAACAACGCCAAUUGAAAUUGUUCGCAUUCAGUUGGCGAUCAGAGAUGAGUUCUGGCAGCAGCAGCAUACUUCGAAAAAUCAAGGAAAAUUAUUGAUUAUUGCUUUGGAUAAAUCGGGAUCGAUGGCUGGGAGUGGAAUUUCUGAAGCAAAAUUGGCACUUGAAACUUUAUUGUCAAAUGUUGAAGGUUGUAAUGAGAGAAUUUUGUUUAUUGUUUUUGAUAGUAAUUCGGAAUUAAUUGACAUGACAAAUAUGGAACUUGAAAACAAGUUGCAAGUUGUGAAGAAAGUGAGUGCUGGAGGUGGAACUGACUUUUCGUCUGUUUUUAAAAUUAUUCGGAACUAUGGUGGUUCAUUGAAUGGACAAGUUGCAAUUAUUUUCUUUACCGAUGGUCAAGAUCAAUAUUCGUCAAAUUCAACUAGAGAAGGGUCAAUUAAAUCAUUGCAAGAACGAUUAAAUACUGAGAGUGAAUCUUAUGAAUUUCAUACCAUUGGUUUCACAUCAGUUCAUGAUGCAAGAUUAUUGACAGAUAUUACAAGAUUGGGAACUGCUCAAGGUUCUUUUCAGUUUGCAGAGUCAGUUUCUUCUAUUGCCCCAUGUAUGGCUAGUUUGACUGAACUAGUCAAGGGAAGUUCAUUCACAUGUCAAUUAAUUGUCAAGAAUAAGGAAGGAAAUGAAAUAUUCAGAGAAAGAGUCAAGUUGGAGCAAGAUAAUGACAAAUCUGAAUUUAUUAUUCAAUCUCUCAUCAAUACUGAUAUUACUCCUGAUUGUGAAUUAUAUCUUGAAUUUGGAGAAAAUGAGUUGAUUAUUCCACUUUCCUAUGAAGCAUUUAAAAGACCUGAACUUAGUUCAGUUGAAAAACUAUCCUAUCAAAUCAUGAUAAUUGAAAAGUUCUUGAUUGAAGCUGCUGGUUUAAUUACCAAAAACAGCUCUUCCCUUAAGGAAAUUCAUAUCAAGUGUAAAGCUAUUGAAGAAAAGCUUGAAUCAAUAACAACUGACAUUAGAAAGAUGCGUGACAAGUCAGUGAGAAGAACUCUCUAUCAAAUGAUUCAACCAAUUUUUGAAUCUUUAGCAAACUUUAACAAGAUUCUUGCAGAAUCAAUGGUUGGAACUUUAUCUAAUGAAAAGAUUGCAAAUUUGAAUACUCUUGCUUAUAGAUCCAUCACAAAGAGAAGCUUACAAAAGAAAUUGGAUUUAAGAGCUCAAGCCAAUGUUGAAUUAUUCGAACAGGCAGAAAACAUCAUUCAAGAAUCAGUAGAUUCAAUGAACUUUACGGAAAUUAAGGAAAAAUACUCCAAACAAGCUGAGGAAAUCGGUCCAUGCUUCUAUACCACCUCAAAUUGGAUUGAUCUAUUACAGGAUAAGGACUGUCUCUGUUUGGGAUUACAAGUGAAUCGUCCUCAGGCAGCAAUUGCUGAUCCAAGCAGAGUCCAAAUUGUUUCAGUGUCCAACUCUAUGAUGUCUGCCGAAUCUUUCCUUGAUUCUGUGACUUUCUCACUUGGAAGUGCCUAUAAUGUUGAGGAUUCACAUGGUGGUUUCAAAGAUGUACCUGUAAGUCAAGGUCAAGUUUCGAACAGUCAAUCAAAGAUUAUUUCAGGUGCCUCCAGAGAAAGUAUCAAUGCAGUUCUUCCAUUGUACAUUAGUGAAGAACACUGGAGGGUUUCAAGACAAAAGAUGAAGCCAAUUUUGGGAUUCAUUGCAACAUUAGAUAUUAUGGGAUACUCUUUCGAACAAUUCAAGACCAUUCCAUUUUUAGUACUGUACAAAUUGCUUCAAGAAAGUUCAGAAGGUCAACUCACUGAAUUCCAAGCUUUGAGAUUGAAACUAGUCAUGGACACUUGUUUACAAAUUGUAAAGGAAUGCUCUGCAGAAAAAGUGGAGGAGAAAUUGUCCGAAACUUUAACCAAACUCUUCUCACAGUAUAACAUGUUGCCAGAAAGUAGAACACUUGAUGUGAUCCCUAACAAUGAAGUAUUUAUCACUCAACUGUUGUGUUCAAACAAGAUAGGAUUGAUUGAUGUUUCGAAUAGUCAAGUGGACACAAAUCUCUUCUUUAAGAAUAUUGCUGAGGAGGAAUUGAGAAGAAAGGGAGCUUUUGUGCUAAAUAUUCCAGAAGUUUCAGUUGACUUGUGGUUCGAAUUAUUGAAUGUAGAUACAGAAACAAUGAUUAAUCAAUUUGUUUCUAGAAAGAAGGAGAAAUUUAUGGAACUUUUAAAUAAUUCGUCUGAUAAGAUAUAUCAAUAUGGAGAGAUAAUGAGAAAACUUGUAGGUGUUGAAGAGAAUACAGUUUCUGACGAGGUUUCACAAACUGAAACUGUUACUUCUCAGCCACUUGUGGAUGAAAAUCAAGAUUUAAUUGACUAUGUAUUGGAAUUGACUCAACUUUCUCCAAAAGCCACAGAAUUAUUCCAGAAACUUGAUAAAUUUUACAAUAAGAAUAUUAACAAGCAUCUCACCAAAAUCAAGCAGUGGAUGUUUGGCUCUCAACAAUCAGAAAUUUCAUUGGAACUUGAUAAUGCUGCCAAAAUAAUAUUACUAACACAAACCAUUGAUCAUCAAAAGAAUUCAGAUAGAAGAUAUGCCAUUGAUAAGGGUGAAUACCUUUCUCCAUUUACAACCACUCCAGAGCAACGAACAGACCAUCUCAGAGCCACAAUAACAAAACACAUCAAGAAUAGAAGAAAUGGGCUAUAUACCAAUUUCGUUACAGAAAUGAAUUCAUCUGGAAUCAAUCAACUCGGUCCAUUAUUUGCUUCGACUAGUGACAUUUAUGAAGCAGCAGGCAUAAUUUAUGGAAGAAAGAGAGGACACGGAGUUCAUAUAGCCCUCUUCUAUUACUUAUGUCAAACUGAGAAAGUUCCACAUCUUGUAGCGAAGGUUAAAAUGCUGGCAACUGGUGAAUUCAAAGGAAUUCUCUUAUAUAGUGACAAGAUGGCAGAUCCUGUAUGGUCAAUUUACAGAUCUUACAAGAGAUCACUGCUACGUAAAUUGUGGCGUUAUCAUAGUAGUGAAUUGGACCAACAAGGGUUAUUUUGA